AUGCCGACCUUCAAUAUCGUGGUGUUUGCUGGAGACUACGCUGGCCCAGAGGUCCUGAAAGUCAUCGAAAAGUGCUCAAAGGAUGUCAAGUUCAACUUCCAAGACCAUCUCCUCGGAGGCUGCUCCAUCGACGCCCACGGCACGCCAUUGACCGACGAAGCGCUCGCGGCCGCGAAGUCCGCACACGCCGUCCUCCUCGGCGCCAUUGGCGGGCCCAAGUACGGCGUGGGCAAGGUGCGACCGGAGCAAGGCCUCCUCAAGCUCCGCAAGGAGAUGGGCACGUUCGGCAACCUGCGGCCGUGCUUUUUCGCGUCGCCGUCCCUGGCGGCGCGGUCGCCGCUGAAGGAGGAAGUGUGCCGGGGCACCGACUUCAUGAUCGUCCGCGAACUCACGGGCGGCAUCUACUUUGGCGACCGGGUCGAGGGCAACCCGGCCGACGGCGCCGACGAGUUCGCCGAGGACCGCGAGCCGUACUCACGCCGGGAGAUUGAGCGCAUCACGCGCCUGGCGGCCUACCUGGCGCUCGCAAAGUCGCCGCCCAGCAAGGUCUGGAGCCUGGACAAGGCCAACGUGCUCGCGACGAGCCGGCUGUGGCGCCGGGUCUUCACCGAGACGAUGCAGAGGGAGUUCCCGCAGCUCGAGUUCGAGCACCAGCUCAUCGACUCGGCCGCCAUGAUCAUGGUCAAGAACCCGCGCGCCCUCAACGGCGUCAUCGUCACCUCGAACCUGUUCGGCGACAUCAUCUCCGACGAGGCCUCCGUCAUCCCGGGCAGCCUGGGCCUGCUGCCCAGCGCGAGCCUGAGCGGCGUGCCCGACGGCAAGGGCCUGUGCAACGGCAUCUACGAGCCCAUCCACGGCUCCGCCCCGGACAUCGCCGGCCAGGGCGUCAUCAACCCCGUCGCCGCCAUCCUGAGCGUCGCCAUGCUCCUGCUCUACAGCCUGAACAUGCCCAAGGAGAGCGUCCUGGUCGAGCAGGCCGUGCGGAUAGUCAUUGACAGGGGCGUCGUGACCAAGGACAUCGGCGGCACCAGCUCCACCGAGCAAGUCGGGGACGAGGUCGCCAAGGAGCUGGAGUCGUUGUUCGCAAAGGCUUGA